AUGGAUGAUGAUGAUGCUGACUAUAUGCAAGGAAGCGAUGAUGAAGACUAUGGCUUCGAUUACUCUGAUAACGAUGAUGCCAACGAGUCCGGCAGUGUGGAUGUAGAAAACAUGUAUUAUAAAGCCAAAUCAAAGAAAGAAGAUAGCCCUGAAGAAGCUUUGAAAGAAUUCCGCGCCAUCGUGGAUCAGGAAGAUGAAAAGGGAGACUGGGGAUUCAAAGCGCUUAAGCAAAUGACCAAACUUCUCUUUCAGGUGCUACACAGACCUAGCGAGGCCCUGAAGACGUAUACAGAACUUCUCACGUAUACCAAAUCGGCAGUAACGCGCAACUAUUCCGAGAAAUCUAUCAAUGGAAUUCUGGACUAUGUGGGCGGUGGAAAGAGCGGUGUGGUUGAAGUUGACGUACUUGAGAAGUUCUACCAGGUCACCCGGAAAGCCUUAGAAGAUGCAAAGAACGAGCGUCUUUCGGUCAAAACAAAUUUGAAAUUAGCGAAGUUGUGGCUUGACCGCAAAGAGUACACACGUUUGUCCAAGCUUAUUCGAGAACUGCACAAUGCCACAACUUCUGCGAAUGAGAUUGACGACCAAUCACAACGCGGUACCCAGCUCUUGGAAAUAUAUGCUUUAGAGAUUCAGAUGUACAACGAAACCCGAAACGUCAAGAAGCUCAAAGAAAUUUACAAUGCCAGUAAUGCUGUGCGCUCAGCUAUACCACAUCCUAGAAUUAUGGGCGUUAUCAAAGAAUGUGGUGGCAAAAUGUGGAUGGGUGAACGUCAAUGGAACCGAGCCAGUGAAGACUUCUUUGAAUCGUUCAGAAACUACGACGAGGCUGGAUCGCCGCAAAGAAUCCAAGUUCUCAAGUACUUAGUAUUAGCGAACAUGCUUACUGGUAGUGAAGUCAAUCCAUUCGACAGUCAAGAAACUAAACCAUACAAGACCAAACCUGAGAUCAAAGCAAUGACAGAUCUAGUUGAUGCAUACCAACGUCGUGAAGUGCACUUGGCGGAGAAGAUUCUAAAAGACAACCGGUCAACCAUUAUGGAUGAUGGCUUCAUUCGGUCAUAUAUCGGCGAGCUACUUCGUAGUUUGCGUACCCAGUACCUAAUCGACCUGAUCAAACCAUACACCCGAUUGGAGCUUUCGUUUCUCGCCAAGCAACUCAAUGUAGAUAUCGAAGAAGUGGAAGAGCUCCUCAUUGGCCUUAUUUUGGAAGGUAAGGUCGAAGGCCGGAUUGACCAAGUUGGCAUGCGACUUGAGCUUGAUCGAAAUCUGGAGAAGAAAAGAUAUGCUGCGCUGAGUCAAUGGACAGACGCUCUAGAGUCUGUUCAUGGUGUUGUUGUCGGCAAAACUGCCAGUACUUCUAGGGGUCCCGAUCCUGUGAUGUUGGGGGGAGAGAGCUUCGGUGUACGGGACGACAGAUGGAGUUGA